AUGUCCACGGCCGCCGAGAAGAACGAGCUCAAGGUCCAGGGUGCCGUCGAGGCCGCCCAGGACCCCGAAAGCACCAUCAGCGCCGAUGACGCGCAAAAGAAGAUUCUCGAGGAGUCGAAAAAGGCCGGCGUCACUGCCUUCACUUUCGACCCGGAUGCGAGCCCUGAGGAGAAGCGCCGCCAGGCGCGAGAGGCCGUCCCCGAGGGCUUCCACAGCAAACGACCCCACGGCGUAUCCGUCGUCACCGAUGUAGCUGGUGAAGACAGCGGGCCGACUGCUGAUCUCCCACCCCCCAGCAAAGAAGGCAUCAUCGAAGUCACCAAAGAUGCCGACGGCAACGUCAUCGAGGACGGCGCAGGCCCUGGUGGUGAUACCGAGAAGCCAUACGAGCGCACAGGAUGGGCGCCCCAGUUCGGUUGGCCCAACGACAAUGCUCAAGAUGCCGAGAGUCUCCUGGACCACUCGACCUGGCUCGAAGGCAAGGUCCCCGACAAAUUCUACGGAGAUUGGUACCACAAUGCCGCCAUCAUCGUCUUCGCCUGCAUCUCCUCUUGGCUCGUUGCAGUUCUCGGAGGAGGUCUCGGCUGGGUCUUCAUGAUCAUGGCAGCGUGUUCGACCUACUACCGCACUUCGCUUCGUCGCGUUCGUCGCAACUUCCGCGACGACAUCAACCGCGAGAUGCAGCUGAAGAAACUCGACAACGACCACGAGUCGCUUGAAUGGAUCAACUCGUUCCUCCUCAAGUUCUGGCCCAUUUACCAGCCGGUUCUUGCGCAGACCAUCAUCAACUCGGUCGAUCAGGUCCUGAGCUCGGCGACCCCCGCAUUCCUCGACAGCCUGAAGCUCAAGACGUUUACACUCGGCUCCAAGCCGCCUCGCAUGGAGCACGUCAAGACGUACCCCAAGGCCGAAGAUGACAUUGUCAUGAUGGACUGGAAAUUCAGCUUCACACCCAACGAUACUGCCGACAUGACCUCGAAGCAGAUCAAGAGCAAGAUCAACCCCAAAGUCGUUCUCGAAAUCCGAGUCGGCAAGGCCAUGAUCAGCAAAGGUCUCGAUGUUAUUGUCGAGGACAUGGCCUUCUCGGGCAUCAUGCGACUGAAGAUCAAGCUGCAGAUCCCCUUCCCCCACGUGGAGAAGGUCGAGAUGUGCUUCCUCGAGAGGCCCACCAUCGACUACGUCUGCAAGCCUCUUGGCGGUGAGACGUUCGGCUUCGAUAUCAACUUCAUUCCCGGCUUGGAGACCUUCAUCCUGGAGCAGAUUCACGGAAACUUGGCACCGAUGAUGUACGCACCCAACGUCUUCCCCAUUGAGGUUGCGAAGAUGCUUGCCGGCACGCCUGUUGACCAAGCGAUCGGUGUUUUGGCUGUUACGCUGCACGGUGCUCAAGGACUGAAGAACUCUGAUCGCUUCGCCGGCGACAUCGAUCCGUAUGCCGUUCUCAGCCUCAACAGGAGGCAAGAGCUGGCGCGUACAAAGCACAUCAGUGACACCUCGAACCCUCGCUGGAACGAAACUCACUACAUUAUCAUCACAUCCUUCACCGACUCUCUGGACAUUCAGGUUUUCGAUUACAACGAUUUCAGAAAGCACAAGGAGCUUGGUGUAGCAUCGUUCCCUCUGGACCAAGUGGAGGAGCUCAAUGUGCACGAGAACGAGCGACUCGACAUCUUUGCUGACGGCAAGAACCGUGGCCAGGUCUCCAUUGACGUUCGCUUCUUCCCGGUUUUGGAAUCGACCAAGCUGGAGGAUGGCUCUGAGGAGCCUCCCCCAGAAUCGAACACUGGUAUCCUGCGAUUCACCGUCGAGCAGGCCAAGGACCUCGAUGGCACCAAGAGCCUGGUUGGUCUCCUGAACCCCUAUGCCACCCUCCACCUGAACGGCCGCGACGUGCACAACACCAAGAAACUCAAGCGAACGAACAAUCCGAUUUGGGACAACGGGUCCAAGGAGAUGCUUAUUACCGACAAGAAGCACGCGAAGCUCGGCGUUACUAUCAAGGACGACCGCGACAUCACUGGCGAUCAGGUUAUUGGCAAAUAUCAGAUCAAGCUCGAGGACAUUCUGGAGUGCAAGGAGAAGGGCCAGGAGUGGUUCCACCUGGCUGGAGCCUCGACAGGCCGUGUCAAGAUGAUGGCACAGUGGAAGCCUGUCGCUAUUUCUGGCGUGCUCUCUGGUACAGGCGGCUAUGUGACUCCUAUCGGCGUCAUGCGUUUCUACUUUAGGGGCGCCCGCGACCUGCGUAACUUUGAGACUCUUGGCAAGUCUGACCCUUACGUCCGUGUCCUGUUGUCAGGCAUUGAAAAGGCCCGUACCGUCACUCACAGGAACACGCUCGAUCCUGACUGGGACGAGGUUCUCUACGUGCCGGUGCACUCUAACCGAGAGAAACUGACCAUGGAGGUCAUGGACUCGGAGAAGAUGGGCAAGGACCGUAGUCUGGGCCAGAUUGAGGUUGCGGCAGGCGAUUACAUCUUCCAAGACGAGCACGGUGAAUACCUUGUUCAUGACCAGAAGACGAUCAAGGAGGCUGGGCUUAAACUCCAUGGCAAGGGCAUUGCGAAGGGUGUCCUCAUCUACAACGUCUCCUUCUAUCCCACCCUCAACGUUGCCGACCCCGAGGAAGAGGAGGAAGAGGCAAAGGAGACGAAGCCAGAGACCGAAGCCGGCGAAACGGAGCCCCUUGCGCGGUCUGCAACUGCUGGCAAGUUCAGCUCCACAUUGGACAACAAGUCGCAGAAGGCGUCGGAAGGAGACGACAGCUCAGCCCUUGUUCCGUUGACGCCUACCUCUACAAGAAAGUCAAAGGAGUCAAAAGGACCGCCAAAAAUUCAUCUGUCUCCUGAGCAGCUGCUCAAAUAUGAGACUGGCCUGCUCAUCUUCAAGCUGAUGGAAGCCGAGAUGCCAGAGAGCAACACUCAUCUGGAGGUGUGGGUUGAUGACAUGGCGUUCCCCUCGUACAUUUCGUCCGCUGCCAAGCACAAGAAGCACAAGUUUGACGAGAUUGGUGACUGCUUCAUCCGCGAGAUCGAUUUUUCACGUCUGACUCUCAAAGUCCGCGAGAAGGGCCAGGCCGUCGAAGGAAACGAGAAGGACAAGGAGAGCACCAUUGCCAAGUUGCAAGGCAACACUCUGGACACUCUGAAGCAGUGCCUGAACAACCCGACCAUGCUGAAGCUGAAUGACAAGGAUGGCCGUCCCAGCAACGUCAAGGUCAGCCUGAAGUACAUCCCGGUCAAGAUGAAGCUUGAUCCUAGCGAGAGUAUCAACAACAUGGGUACCCUGCGCGUUGACGUUCUUGACGCCGAAGAUCUUCCAUCGGCCGACCGCAACGGCAAAAGUGACCCAUACUGCAAGUUCGAGCUCAACGGAGAGGAGGUAUACAAGACGAAGGUGCAGAAGAAGACUCUGCACCCUGUAUGGAACGAAUUCUUCGAGGUCCCCGUGCCGUCGCGUACAGGCGCCGACUUCAAAGUCGUCAUCUGGGACUACGACUUUGCUGACAAGCCGGAUCUCCUCGGCUCUGCUGAUAUCAAUCUUGAGCACAUCGAUCCUUUCAAGCCGAGCGAGACAAGACUCCUCCUGGAUGGCAAGUCAGGCGUCGUGCGCCUGAGGUUGCUUUUCCGCCCCGCGUACGUCGCACGCACUCGGCAGGGCACAUCCACUUUCUCUGGAACCUUUGCUGUGCCUGGACGCAUCGUCACCGGCGUUGCUGGGGCACCCGUCAAAGCAGCCGGAGCUGUCGGGUCCGGUGUGGGGGGCUUGGUGCGCAACGUCUUCUCAAGAAGCAAGAAGGACGACGAAGACAGGAACACGGCCACAGCCUACGACACUCCGACCAUUACAGAGAACGGGAACGGCUUGAAGCGUUCUGGCCCCGUCCCUGAUGGCAAUGAGUCCCCGAUCAGCACUCCUCCUGGUACUGCCAAUGGCGCUACUCUCGGACAUAGCAGAAACAGAAGCUCUGGUGCGGCAUCUAUUUAUAGCACAAACGGAGCGUCGCCCGGGUCUGGCACGGCUGUGUUCAGCAUCGUCUCCACGUCCGGUUACCCUCCCGCGUCGGAGGUCUACGUCGUCAUCCACCAGCUCACGCCGAAGCAUAAGACGGUCGGUAAGACGGAGAAGCACAAGGAGCCGAGCGGCGAAAUUCAGUUCAAUGAGUCUUUCAAGUGGACCUGCACGCCCGACACCCAGUUCAAGAUCGAGGUCAAGGGCGACAGGACGUUCCGAAGCGACGACGACCUUGGCGACGUGCCCUAUGUCGUCGACGACUCUGGCAGCGGUGCCGAGAGGGUCCUCAAGGCCGGCGGCGGCACCGUCACUGUCAAGAGCACAUUUACCCCGACGCCGCAGGAGCCGGACAGCCCGCGAUCGACCAUGCGGAGGAGCUUCCUGAGCAAGAGGGAGAGCAGGAGCCGUGAGGGUACCCCCGCGUAA